AUGAAGAAGGCAUGUGGGGGAGCCUUGAUUACUGCGACGGAUAAGAUGCGUGUUGUAUUAAAUGAUAAGCAGAAGGGCUUGUAUAAGCACAAACUCAAGAAACAGCACAAUAUACUGGAAGCUCUUAUAGGUGCAGAAAACGAGAAGACGAUGCAAAGUAUUGUGGCACCGAAACGACAGCAAACCAAUAUCAAACAUGAUAUAAUUUGUGCCCAUCAAGCUGCGUACUUUAAUAAGAGUAUGGCAGGGGCCGAUAAACUCGUGAAAGCUCAGGAGAUGUUAAUAUACGACAAUAUAGCUAAAACUAUAGAAAUGGCGGUGUCCGAUGGUCUGCUAAUCGAAGAUACGAAGGGAGAUGAUAAACAUACUAGAAUACGGGGUGAUGAAGACGGGAGGAUACAAAAAGAAAAAUUCAAAGCAACCAGGAAUCUACGUGAAUUCGGAGGGAAUGGAUAG